AAUUCUGCAAGUGGUUCUAAUUUACUAUCGCUGUUUUCUAGCUGGUCUAAAACCGCUUUUGACCUAAAGGGACGUUCUUUGGACGCCAUGGACAUUUCUCAGUUUCCAGGCAGAAAGAACAGUAAAAAUGCAGGCAGGGCACAGGACAAAGCACUAGGGACAAAAUGUAUGUGAAAUGGUUUGAAACAUGAAUGUCACUUUUAAAAUUUUAAAAUUUCCCGCCAGUUCCGUCCCCGUACGUCCUGACGUCACAGGUAAUGGUACCCGGAAGACAGAUGCCGGCAUCGGCCAGAUGACAUUGCCAGGGACACUGCAGGGGGGACAU